AGAUUUUCGACUGGAGUCAGCAAUCACGGGUGUUUAGUCUGCAGCCGAGCAGAGAAAGGGAGAAGGAAUCGCUCGGGGAAGAGACACUGCAGACUGCGCGGGCACCCUGCAAUAGAUGGAUUCCGACUCCACCAGGGGGACAGCGACGCGGAGGUGACACUCUUCUGCCUGGAGAGAGAGAGAGAGGACAAACGGCCGAGCAAACGCAAGCCUCGGACUCCCUGCCGAAAUCUGGAAGUCGUGACACGGUGUGUAUGAAACAAAAGUUUGGGAGCUAUUAAUUGCUGUGCUGGGUUAUUAAGAGACGCUUUCAAGUUUCAAGUACCAAAUGUCGCUUAGCUUUAAGUUGCCAAAGGAAGUUGAGGGAAUUGCUUUGCCGUUUUAACUUGCUCUGUGAGGGAAAUCUCAUAAACUGACCAAUGCACCAAAUGAAUACUAAAAUGCACUUUACAUUCGCUUUUGCACUCCUGAUAAUGUCUCUCAACCGCGAUGUACUGUGCAAGAAUUUGAAAUACAGGAUUUAUGAGGAGCAGAGGGUUGGAUCAGUAAUUGCAAGACUAUCAGAGGAUGUGGCUGAUGUUUUACUGAAGCUACCUAAUCCUUCUGCUGUUCGUUUUCGAGCCAUGCAGAGGGGGAAUUCUCCUCUACUUGUAGUAAAUGAGAAUACCGGGGAAAUCAGCAUAGGAGCUACAAUCGACCGUGAGCAACUGUGCCAGAAAAACUUGAACUGUUCCAUAGAGUUUGAUGUGAUCACUCUACCCACAGAGCAUCUGCAGCUCUUCCAUAUUGAAGUCGAAGUGCUGGAUAUUAAUGACAAUUCUCCCCAGUUUUCAAGAUCUCUCAUACCUAUUGAGAUAUCUGAGAGCGCGGCAGUUGGGACUCGCAUUCCCCUGGACAGUGCAUUUGAUCCAGAUGUUGGGGAAAAUGCCCUCCACACCUACUCCCUCUCUGCCAAUGAUUUUUUUAGCAUCGAGGUUCGGACCAGGACUGAUGGUGCCAAGUAUGCAGAACUCAUAGUGGUCAGAGAGUUGGAUCGGGAGCUGAAGUCCAGCUACGAGCUCCAGCUUACUGCCUCAGACAUGGGAGUGCCUCAGAGGUCUGGCUCCUCCAUACUGAAAAUAAGCAUUUCGGACUCCAAUGACAACAGCCCUGCUUUUGAGCAGCAGUCUUAUGUAAUACAACUCUUAGAAAACUCCCCGGUGGGCACUUUGCUCCUGGAUCUGAAUGCCACUGAUCCAGAUGAGGGCGCUAAUGGGAAAAUUGUCUAUUCUUUCAGCAGUCAUGUGUCUCCCAAAAUUAUAGAGACUUUCAAAAUUGAUUCAGAAAGAGGACAUUUGACUCUUUUCAAGCAAGUGGAUUAUGAAAUCACCAAAUCCUAUGAGAUCGAUGUCCAAGCUCAAGAUCUGGGUCCAAAUUCAAUCCCAGCUCAUUGCAAAAUUAUAAUUAAGGUUGUAGAUGUUAAUGACAAUAAACCUGAAAUUAACCUAAACCUCAUGUCACCUGGCAAAGAAGAAAUAUCUUAUAUUUUCGAAGGGGAUCCUAUUGAAACAUUUGUUGCUUUGGUCAGGGUUCAAGACAAAGAUUCUGGGCUGAAUGGAGAAGUAGUUUGUAAGCUUCAUGGACAUGGUCACUUUAAACUUCAAAAGACUUAUGAAAACAAUUAUUUAAUCCUGACCAAUGCCACGCUGGAUAGAGAAAAGAGAUCUGAAUAUAGUUUGACUGUAAUCGCUGAGGAUAAAGGAACACCUAGUCUCUCUACAGUCAAACAUUUUACUGUUCAAAUCAAUGAUAUAAAUGACAAUCCACCACGCUUCCAGAGAAGCCGAUAUGAAUUUGUAAUCUCGGAGAAUAACUCGCCAGGGGCAUUUAUCACCACUGUUACAGCCACAGAUCCUGAUCUUGGAGAAAAUGGGCAAGUGACAUAUACCAUUUUGGAGAGCUUUAUCCUGGGAAGUUCCAUAACUACAUAUGUAACCAUUGACCCAUCCAAUGGAGCUAUUUAUGCCCUCAGAAUCUUUGAUCAUGAAGAAGUGAGUCAGAUCACUUUUGUGGUGGAAGCAAGAGACGGAGGGAGUCCGAAGCAACUUGUAAGCAAUACCACAGUUGUGCUCACCAUCAUUGACGAAAAUGACAAUGUUCCUGUGGUGAUAGGGCCUGCACUGCACAAUAAUACUGCAGAGAUCUCCAUCCCCAAAGGAGCUGAAAGUGGCUUUCAUGUCACCAGAAUAAGGGCCAUUGACAGGGACUCUGGUGUCAAUGCUGAGCUCAGCUGCUCCAUAGUAGCAGGUAAUGAGGAGGGUAUCUUCAUAAUUGAUCCACGAUCAUGUGACAUCCACACCAAUGUGAGCAUGGAAUCUGUUCCUCACACAGAAUGGGAGCUCUCAGUCAUCAUCCAGGACAAAGGCAAUCCUCAGCUGCAUACCAAAGUCCUUCUGAAGUGCAUGAUCUUUGAAUAUGCAGAAUCAGUGACAAGUACAGCCAUGACCUCAGUCAGCCAGGCAUCCUUGGAUGUCUCCAUGAUUAUAAUUAUUUCCUUAGGAGCAAUUUGUGCAGUGCUGUUGGUUAUUAUGGUGCUAUUUGCAACUAGGUGUAACCGAGAAAAGAAAGACACUAGAUCCUACAACUGCAGAGUAGCAGAAUCAACUUACCAGCAUCACCCUAAAAGACCAUCCAGGCAGAUUCACAAGGGGGACAUCACAUUGGUGCCCACCAUAAAUGGCACUCUGCCCAUCAGAUCCCAUCACAGAUCAUCCCCAUCUUCAUCUCCUACCUUAGAAAGAGGGCAGAUGGGCAGCCGCCAGAGUCACAACAGUCACCAGUCACUCAACAGUUUGGUGACAAUCUCAUCGAACCAUGUGCCGGAGAAUUUCUCAUUAGAACUCACCCACGCCACUCCUGCUGUUGAGGUCUCCCAGCUUCUUUCCAUGCUUCACCAAGGGCAAUAUCAGCCAAGGCCAAGUUUUCGAGGAAACAAAUACUCCAGGAGUUAUAGAUAUGCCCUUCAAGACAUGGACAAGUUUAGCUUGAAAGACAGUGGCCGUGGUGACAGUGAAGCAGGAGACAGUGAUUAUGAUUUGGGGCGAGAUUCUCCAAUAGACAGGCUACUGGGUGAGGGAUUCAGUGACCUGUUUCUCACAGAUGGAAGAAUUCCAGCAGCUAUGAGGCUGUGCACAGAGGAGUGCAGAGUCCUGGGCCACUCUGACCAGUGCUGGAUGCCCCCGCUGCCCUCGCCUUCCUCGGACUACAGGAGCAACAUGUUCAUUCCUGGGGAGGAGUUCCCGUCGCAGCCCCAGCAGCAGCAUACUCAUCAGAGCCUUGAGGACGACCCCCAGGCUGCAGAAGCCGGUGAGAAGAAGAAGAGUUUCUCCACCUUCGGGAAGGACUCCCCAACCGACGAGGACCCCGGGGACACCAGCACGUCCUCCCUGCUCUCGGAAAUGAGCAGCGUGUUCCAGCGCCUCUUGCCCCCUUCCCUGGACACCUACCCCGAGUGCAGUGAGGUGGAUCGGUCCAACUCCCUGGAGCGUCGGAAGGGACCAGCGCCAACAAAAACCGUGGGUUACCCACCAGGGGUGGCGGCCUGGGCAGCCAGUACCCACUUCCAAAAUCCCACCAGCAACCCUGGGCCUGCGCUGGGAACCCACUCGAGCGUGCAGCCUUCUUCCAAGUGGCUGCCAGCCAUGGAGGAGAUCCCUGAAAAUUAUGAAGAAGAUGAUUUUGACAAUGUGCUCAACCACCUGAAUGAUGGGAAGCACGAACUCAUGGAUGCCAGUGAGCUGGUGGCUGAGAUCAACAAACUGCUCCAAGACGUGCGCCAGAGCUAGGAGAUUUUAGCCAAGCUUUUUGCUUUCCAUAUGUAUAUGGAAAAUGGGGGACAGGAAAAGCCCUGAAAGAACUGGCGUUGCCAAAUAGUUGCAUUUAUCAUAAAUGUGUCUGUGUAUAUUGAAUAUUAAAUACUGUAUUUUCGUAUGUACACAAUGCAAGUGUGAUUAUUUUAAUCUGUAUUUUAAAAAUACAUUUGUACCUUAUAUUUAUGUGUAAUUUAACAAACAAAUUUUAUUUUUUUACUCCCAUGACAAACAUGUCUUUCCUAAUCAUAUAGAAACUAGCCACUGUUUCAAUCUGAUAUACUAUUCAACCACAAAGUGUAAAGGUACUGCUUAUAUUAGUUGAGCUGGGGUGGAAUUAUUAUGCCCUAUGAACAACCCCACUAAUGCAUUGCGUAAUUCUUAGUUCCAUUAACCUCUCCAUCUUUUUUUUUUUUCCCAAUGCUUUAAAAAAUUAAGCAUUAGUAAAAAAUGUUAAGCUAUUUUAUUAUUAUUAUUUUCACUGCUCUCUUGUAGCUCCUAUGGUUCAACUCUCACAGCUAAAUUGAAAAGGGAAGUGAAAUUUUAUUUGAGGACUAGAAAGCAUCUGAAGAAUAUUUACGAGAUGAGUAUUUCAAAUAAAUUUUUUAGACAAUGAUGUAAGCAGGAAUAAAGUCAGUUUUUUUUUGUUUGUUUGUUUUUGUUUUCUGACUCCCAGGCCAUGCAAGAUGUCACACUGGCCUGGUCUUAAGAGUAUUGUAGUGAAUUUAUAAUUAAGGCAAAAAGUGGAUUUCAUUCCAUCCUUGUAAUACGAGAUGCCAUUGAAGGAAAUGGAAUUUGUUCUUUAAAUGGAUAACAGUAUGCAUUUGAACAGUGCCAAGUAUUAAUGGACAAAGUUAUGCCAGUGUCCCUCCUAGUGUAGUAAAUAUAAUUGAUUUAUUUUGAAACCAUCUAUUUGAAUCUUUCCUUCCUCUCACAAUACUUGAAUGUUUUUAUCCUUUGCAAUGUUUUCGUUUGCUAUAACUAUUCACUUUUAGCUUUUUCUCCAGUGCAUGACUUCAUAUUUUGUUAUAUUUUUAGUACAUGAACAUUUAUGAAAAUCACAUUUUUGUUAUGGCAAUUUUGUUCUAUUUGCUGUGUGACAAAUGAGAAGUUCUUUAUUUAUUGUGCUGUUAUCUCUCUGUGUGGAAUGCCUUGCUAAGAGCGAUCCUUAUUAUGACUAUUAUCAUUUAUGAUCAAGCUUCUAUUAAUGUUAUUUCUCUUAGUACACUAUCUUGAUUGUAUUCUCCAGAAGAUUUUACUGUCAGUGAAAAUAAAAGGAAAAUUAAAGUAAAGCUAAGGAGCUGUCCAUAAUCAGUGUCCUGUUCGUAUACAUGUGUUGGAAAGGUUUGCCUGCACCUCACCUUCUUGAGAAGGUGACUCAGUGCUGGCUUCCAAACAAUAGAGAGGGGACUUCCAACUGCCCUGGCAAACAAGAACCCAAUGGAAAUGAACCUGACAUCUGUCAUGGGAAUGAAAGUAGUUGAUCAGAUUUUAACUAGUUUAAGUAAAAGUAUUUGGAAUGUAAAGGUUAAAAAAAAAUGGGAAAUAACUAUUGAAAUAUUAUUCACAUCACACACACACACACAUACACACACACAAAAUGCUGUAUCAGAAUAUUUUGAAUUAAGUUGUAGAAGAAAAAAAGGUAUCCUCAAUAUUUUUUCCAACAGGCUAAAAUAUCCUCCCUAGCUUAUCCGAGGAGAAUUAAAAUACUAGGGAAAGUUAAGUAACCUAAAAGUGGCUAAAACUAAGAUAUUUGAAUUCUCAAAUGAGUACCACAUUAAAUAGAAUGUAUUAUCUCUUUCAGAAGGCACAUUUGCCUUCAUUGGAGGGAUUGCAAUUACAAGUGAAAUUUCAGUUUAUUUUUCAGUAGAUUACACACACAAAUGCUAACCACAUUUAAAUACAUUUUGCCUUUCAACUUCACUUCCUUUCAAUACAUAUUAUCACAAAGGGAAAGUCUUUUAUAACCUCACUGUUCUUAAUUUAAAGCAUCAAUAGCAAUUGAGGAAACAAAGCUGGAAAUAGAUAUUUUGAAUAUGUGAAGUAAAUAAAAUGCAGUAUUAUAUUCCACAAAA